AUGAAUACAAUGUCAGCUUACCGAAAUGUUGUUUCAUUAACAGAUCUUAUACCUUUUAUUUCUCAACUCAAAGAGAUGUUUUUUAAUUGGUUGACUCUGGAUAAUUUUAACCGUAAACAUCUUAAGUUCAUAGUUGAACAAAACAAAAAUAAAGAAAUUAAAACAAUGGUAUUAGCUCUAGAACAAUGGGAUCAUUUUCAAAACUAUGGAGCUCCUGGUGUGGAAAUAGAGUUUGUCAAUUGUGACAAUAAUACCUUACGCGAAGUUAUAGAAUCCAGUAUUGUACUAAAUGAAAUUAUACUUGAA